UCGGCAGGAAGCCUGUAUCGCAGCAGAUCCUAGUAUUGGAUUACAGAAAAACAGCAGAAUCCAUAAAGGAUCGAUGAAGCUACGAGAUCAACUGAACUGGGGUACCGACAACUUGACUAAGAAACAGAGACGGAGUCAGCUUGAGCAAGUCAUGGGCGAACAUCUAGAGCACGCUCGUGUUCAAGUAUCUCGCGAACCAGUCAGAUAUCUUGAAAAAAGCACAAGCGCUGAAGAUUUCGACAAAGCAUCCGUCCCUCCUUUGGUUGAGCAAAUGGCGAAGGCUAUGAAGCUGUCACCGGCACCACUGAGAAGGAAUUCAACACCUCAACAGGAGUAUGUGCGAAGACUAUCGACUUUUCAGGAAGAUGAUCAGGUCGUCGAGGCUUUGGAUGGCUUGAUUAGUAUAGGGCAGCAGAUACAGGACUGUAUAACUGUGCUGAAUUACAUGACAAUUUGUUACGGGGCCGUGGGGGUGAGUGUGGAGCUUUUCUCAAAGAUCGAUCGAAUGCUCCGCGCCUUCAGUCAGUACUGGCAAAAAACGAACUGGCGGGAUUUGUUUGACAACCCGGAAUGUUACGUACAGGGGUUAUCAAGUACUAUUUAUAGUGUUGCUGCUGCGAUAGCGCGCUUAGAAAUAUUAUUUAAGUACGAAAUCGAAUGCUGUAGUAAAAUAGAUCCCAGUGUGCCUUUUCCUAAACCUAGUUACGCUUUACAGUUUAUUUUAAGCGAAAAUGGCACACAGGGGCCAGGUGCCGAUCGACACAGUGAAUAUUUGAACGAAUCAGGUACCUUAGAAGCUAGUAAGACGUCGCUAUACACGGAUGAGGAGCUACCACAUCUAGAAUAUAGUCUGGGGAAAUGUUUUAGAGCACUUACCGAAGCACAUUGUAAGCUUAAAAACACGACGAAAGGAAAUAUAUUGGCGACACCAGAAUUAUUUCAUAUGACAAGGGUGUGA